GCCGUCGAGCACGGCGGCUCGGCUAGCGACGAGCUGGCCAGGUGGAGGAGUGGAGAUUAUGGUGCGUUAUACAUACACCCUGCUGGACCCUGUAGAGUCUCUCACCGCCACCGUGCUGGACCGCACGCUGGCGCUGGACCUGGACCCCGCCUGCGCGCCGCUGCGGGCCCGGCCGCACACUCCCGCCGUCGAGCACGGCGGCUCGGCUAGCGACGAGCUGGCCAGGUGGAGGAGUGGAGAUUAUGGUGCGUUAUACAUACACCCUGCUGGACCCUGUAGAGUCUCUCACCGCCACCGUGCUGGACCGCACGCUGGCGCUGGACCUGGACCCCGCCUGCGCGCCGCUGCGGGCCCGGCCGCACACUCCCGCCGUCGAGCACGGCGGCUCGGCUAGCGACGAGCUGGCCAGGUGGAGGAGUGGAGAUUAUGGCUGGCCCUGGGCGGAAGGCAGCAUCCUGGAGGCGGAGCUGUGCGCGGAGCGCGCGCGGCGCGCGGCCACCGUCACGCGGCACGAGGCGCGCCGCGCAGAGCUCGCGGCCGACGCCGUCGUGCGCGAGACGCUCACCGACCGCGCGCUUGGUCCGGCAGGUGGUGCUGCUAGCGCUGCGGCCGGCGGCGGGCUCGUUAUGACCUGUGUAGUUCACACUGUACCUUAUAUUUAUUACUGUAACAUAUACUACAUCUAUAUCAUUACAACUUAAUUAAAUAUUCAUAUGUGAUAUCUAAA